CACAGGAGUCACAGGACCUCCUGAGACGCUGUGCAGUGCCUUGUAGCAAUGUACACGCACAGGCGACGUCACUGACGUGGCACAAUAAAUCACGGGUCCGUUCCUUGCGGUCUGUCCUUGUCACUCUAGAAAGUUAUUAUUGACUCGUAUAAAAAGUCAAAACAAUCUAUGAUACUACUUGGAUACUACUAACAAAUUACCUCCCGUCACGAGUCCGCCCACCGUUGACAUCGUAGCGUAAUGAUCUAUAGGCUCUUCUUUGCGGCGUUACUGUUUCCACUAAAGGGAGCACUGAUAAGAUGGCGGGCGAACUUCACUCCUAAGGCCCAGCCUGUCUCAGAGUUGCCCUCCGUGGACGAUGUACAACUCGUCUCCCAGCCUCGGUCGUUGCUAGGCAUGUUGCAGCGAGUCAAAACAGAAGAGGGAAUUGAUGGGAUGUAUAAAGGAAUUCUCCCUACCCUUGGUUUCCUGCUGUUCUGGGAGCAAAUGUAUAUCCCAUCCUUUAUGGUCAUUGCGUUUCUUCACAUCGCGGAGUAUAACCGGGGUACUAUCCUUAUCAUUGCUAUUGUUUCUUCCAUCAAAAUUCUCGCAACUGUAGUCGAGACCGUCUUGGUCAAUCGGGCUGUGACGACUCAGGAAGAGCUCCCAUCAUUCUCCUUACGACGAGCGCUUGAUGCAUUGCUCUCUCCGACUGAAAGAAAGCGCCCUUAUCGCAUCUUCGUCAUCCCAGGCUUUCUCGCGGCCACCACUUCAUGGGUUUUAUACAUCGUAGGCACCAGUGCACUACGCCACUUUUUCGUCAUCAAACAAAUGCCGGAGCACUUUGAGAAUUGGGAGGACGUAAAAUCCUGCAUUCCUCUCUUGGUUGGGGCCAUCGUUUUCUCACUGGUCCUUAACGCUCUGGUGCUCACACCACUGGAAGUUAUGAUAGUUCGACUGUCUAUCCAAGCCAAGGCGAGGCAGCCUAUACUUCUUCUGGAUACAACACCGGAUGAAGAUCAUCCUGUGGGAGCUGUCAGACUCAGAACUAAUGAAGAUGAAUACACUGGACUUAUCAACUGCGCGACACUGAUCAUUCGGGAGGAAGGUUGGGGUGUGCUUUAUCGCGGGUGGUGGUGGACAGCCUUCCGUGGUCUUCUUUUUGUUUGACAUUUUGAUACCUCGUGGUCGUAGAAUAUAAAUAUUCGUGUUGUAAUGGAACAUAGGUACUGGUUGACAGUUGUUGAUUACAUUUCCAAGUGCGGCACGUAAUGUCCGGUAGACCCUAUACUUAGCCA